GCGGAACCCAAAUACCAGCUGCUCGGUGCCAAACCCAAAGCGAUAUAUCAUGGUUGCCCAACUUUCAUAUGCGGACGCGAGUCGUUGCUGCUCCAGAGCUAUAUCGAGAUGGGAGCCGGCAGACAUGACGGCAUCAGCACCCGGUCGGGGACUUUUUUUUCGUGAGCGACGCCUGCUCUUCACCUACAACUCUGGCACGACGCUCGCCGAAGUUUGCCUCGAUCGCAUCCUCACGACAGUAGCUACAGCGCUUGGGCCAGUGAACCAGCUUGUUCGUGCCACACGCAUCCAUCACCUGCAGCUAGACGGCGUCAUUCCGGGCUGGAAGCUAGCUCCUACAGGCAAUUGGCAGGUCCGAAGCACCAAACGCAACCUAGGCAGCUACAUCGCAGCGGUGGACUGAGACAGCCAAACCUCAAACCUGGCGAGUCGCUCAGCUUCCUCACGACCUCCUCCCAAACCCAGCAGCAAGAUGGCGCCCCCACCCAAGCAGAGAAAGGUGGCCAUUGUCGGCAGCAGAGCCGUCGGCAAGUCGAGUCUGACGGUGCAAUUCGUCGACGGGCACUUUGUCGACAGCUACUAUCCGACCAUCGAGAAUACUUUCAGCAAGAUGAUCAAGUAUAAGAACCAGGACUAUGCGACUGAGAUUAUCGAUACGGCUGGCCAGGAUGAAUACAGUAUUCUCAACUCCAAGCACUUUAUCGGCAUCCAUGGCUACAUGAUUGUCUACUCGGUUGCUUCCAAGCAGAGCUUUGAGAUGGCGCGCAUCAUUCGCGAUAAGAUCCUGAACCACCUUGCCGUCGAAUGGGUUCCCCUCGUCAUCGUAGGCAACAAGUCGGACCUGCGUCCCGAACAACGCCAAGUCACGCCUGAAGACGGCAAAGCCCUCGCCGCAGAGUUCAAAUGUGCCCACACCGAAGCCAGCGCGCGCUACAACGAAAACGUACAAAAGGCUUUUGAGCUCAUCAUUGCUGAGGUGGAGCGGUCCCAGAACCCUGGUGAGCCCGCUGGCGGCAGCAAAUGUACAGUCAUGUAAUUCCAAGAUUCUUGACUGACAUGAGCGCGUGUACCAGUCGGCGUGGACAAAUAUCCGGCUCUCCAGAAGGAGCGCGAGGACAAGGAGAAGAAUCGGCGGAACAGUGCGCACCUCCUCAAGCAUCCGUUGGAGCAUUUCACGAACGCGCUCAAGAAGAAGAAGUAAGAGGAAGUAUAUUUUUGUUUGGUUGUUGUAGAUGGCAUAGACGGUGGCUGACUUGUCGCGAUGUUUCUUUUACGGGUUCUGGUUUUCACUAUCCUCAUGGAAGGCAAUAGUGUGUAAUGGCGUAAUGAGCGGUGGUGUAAUAGGCGUUAUUAUCUGGUAUUCUGGGGUUCGAGCUGUUUGUCGAUCACGAUGUUCCACGGCUGUAGUACUACGUAUCACUCUACGUUACUUUCAACAAUAGACGGUAUGCGUUCAUUUCAA